AUGUUCCUCCCUAAGUCCCUGGUAUUGCAGGUACGCGGCCCCUCCCUCGCCCUUCUGGCAGCGCUGAGCAUAGGCCUCGUCCUGAACGUGGGCGCCCUCCUCUUCUCCCUCUGCAUUCUGACCCGCGGACCGCGGGAGUACACCUACCUCCCGGGCGACCGCCCUCGUGAGCUCCCAAUAAGUGUUGGGACCAUACAAGCCGCCUUCCACGAUGACCCCGACUACUACGGGAUGGAAGGAAGCAGGGCUACGGCUGAGUGGAACGAGAUCCGUCCUCCAGGCAAAGGCUUCAUCUUCCUAGGGGAGGAGUACUACGCCUUCGGCGUGUCGAUGUGGCACCAGAUGCACUGCCUGAACCACAUACGCGCCGUGCUCGUCAACGGGGAUGACGGGUCGGACCAUACGGCGCACUGCUUCCACUACCUACGGCAGGGCAUCCUCUGUGCUGCCGACACGACGCUGGAGCCUGGAGGCACGAUCAUGGAGCUGCCCAGCGGGGACAAGGUCGCCACGGGCGUGGGAGACGUGCACGUCUGCCGGGACUGGAAGCAGGUGCAUGACUGGAUGGGGAAGAACUACGAGGGGUGGACGCCGGAGAUGCACGAGAGGAUUCAUGAGGCUAGUCACGCUCACUCCAGAGUCUAA